CGUGAAGAGUCACCACCCUGCAAGCAUUUUCGACAUUUCUUUCUCUUCUCUCUCUCUUUGGAAUCUUCCUUCUGCGCGGAACCCUAACUCUGUUAUGUACCUACCCAUUAUUUAAUUGGGUCGUUUUUAUAAUUGGGGUUGCCGGCUUGACCAAUCAAUCAUUUCGGGUUGGAGGAACAAGAGGAGUGAGGGGUUCACUUUUACGGUUUUUAAUUAGGGUUCUUUGUCUUGUGCCGAUCUUGUCAUUUCUUGAUUCUCUGAUAUUGAUGCAAAUUUUGGGUCUGGUGGGUGAUUGUUAAAUCAAAUCCGCGGAAAGUAUUGUUUUUUUUUUCCUUCCUCUGGGGUCGUGGAAUGGAUUUGGGGGUUUCUGAUGAGAUGUUAGGCACUUUUGUGCCUAUAGUAGUUUACUGGAUUUAUUCUGGGAUUUACGUUGUUUUGGGGUCGUUUGCUGAAAGUUAUCGGUUACAUUCGAAGCAGGAAGAGGACGAAAAAAAUUUGGUGUCAAAGGGUGCUGUGGUUAAAGGUGUUCUUCUUCAACAACUAGUUCAGGCCGUGGUUGCAACCCUCUUGUUUGCGCUGACAGGAAGUGAUAACCAAAAUACGACCAGCCAGAAUACUUCUCUACUUGUUUUAGCAAGACAAUUUGUUACUGCUAUGCUUGUAAUGGACGCAUGGCAAUACUUCAUGCACAGAUACAUGCAUCACAACAAGUUCCUAUACAAACAUAUCCACUCUCUGCAUCACAGACUCAUUGUACCCUAUUCAUAUGGAGCUCUAUACAAUCACCCUGUGGAGGGGCUUCUGAAUGACACUGUUGGUGGUGCUUUAUCGUUCUUAGUCUCCGGGAUGAGUCCUCGAGCCUCCAUUUUCUUCUUCUCGUUUGCCACCAUUAAAACUGUUGAUGAUCACUGUGGGUUAUUGCUCCCCGGAAACCUUUUCCAUAUAUUUUUCAAAAACAACUCGGCCUAUCAUGAUGUACACCAUCAACUCUAUGGAAACAAGUACAACUUCUCACAGCCAUUCUUCAUCAUGUGGGACAGAAUCUUGGGUACCUACAUGCCAUACACAUUGGAGGAGAGGGAAGGUGGUGGUUUUGAAACUAAACCUUGCAAAGAUUACAAGGAUGAUUAACUUUUUAGCUUGAUGAGCAUCCUUUAUCUGUACUAGUAUCCUUUUCUCCGGUAUGAGCAGCACUGCCACAGUAAUCAUGUGAUGCCUGUAUAUACAUAUGAUGUGUCCUGUUCUAUAUUUUUAUUUUUGUUUCCCCUAUGUCCAUACUAGAUAGACAUAAUAAAGGAAAUUGAGGUGCUACCUAUUACCAUUUGAUUUUCACCCUUGUAUUGCUUGCUGCUACACUCAUAGUUAUACCUUGUAUCCCUCAUGUCUUACAAUGUUUAACUUGCCUACGAAUGCCAUCUUUGAUGUCCUAAUA